AUGAAAUUAGAUGAAGUUAACGUAGCGGAACUCAGCCCUAGUAAACUAUUAGAGUAUUCAAAAAAAUGUGUUAUUUUGCUAAAACAAAAAGAUAAAGAAAUAACAUUGUUACAAGUUGAUCGAAAUCAAGCAAAUAUAGCUUUAAAAGUUGCCCAAAAAUCUGUAAAUAAACUUCAAUUAGACAUGACUAAAAUGGAAAAAAAAGCAAUUGAUGAUGCUAUCAUAAUACAAGGUCUUCAAAAACGAUUACGUAUGCAAUGCGAGGAGUUCACAUAUCAAAACACCUACAACUUGGAUGUCAAACGUUUGGAAUGUGAACAAGCUAUUAAAGCAAUAGAUUUAAAGUGGGAAAAUCAUAACAAUGAUUUAUUUUUAUUGAAUCAUUCGCUUCGAGAUGAUUUGAAAAAACAAAGUGUACAACACACAAACGAAAAAUUAAGUAUGGAAGUUCGAAGUACUAAACGUUUAAAUGAUAGGGUCAAUGUGAUAAAAUGUAGUGCAGCCCGUUAUUUAUCAGAGAUAGACGAAGAACAAAAAUAUGCAAUUCGCUUUGUCCAAAAGAAACAUAUAUUAGAGUUACGAUCAGUUAGAUCCUUAAAUAAUGAUAACAUGCGGAUAGUAAUGGAUAAGUACAAUAAAGAAAUCGAUGAAUUAAAAGACGGAUUUAAAGAAAAGUUAGAUCAAUUUUUAGAGUUGUCUGAAUCAUUACAACGCAAACUAGAAUCCAUUGCCGAGGAUAAUCAGUUUUUACAAAAUCGUAAGUCUAUUAUUGAAAAAAAAACAAAAAUGCUUGAUGACUCUUCUCAAUUACUUUUAAAAAGAAAUGAAUACUUAGAAAAGGAAAACAAAAGUUAUAAUAAUUGUAAAAGACAAUUAAAAAGCUUUAAUAAGGAAUUGCAAAGUAUUAAAGUACGUUUAAAACAGGUAUGUUACGAAAAAGAUUUAUUAGAAGAAGAAAAUCGCAAGAUGAAAUUAGGCCUUGAAAAAUACGACGAAUUCCAUGAUAAAACAAUAAGGGACAUGAAAAGAAGAUUUUUGGAGAUAAUGUUAGUGUCAAAGCAUGAGACGAAAUGA